UCAUAUGUCUAUUUGCUGUCAAGGACAUGAACUUGUAUAUGUUGUGCGAAUAAUAUGUAUUUCCCUCUACAUAUCAGAUUAUCAGUGUUUCAGAAUCCAAACAAUUCGUGUAGUCAGUAGCCGCGUCACUUUCAGGAACUCGAGAACAACUCCAUGAACACUGUGGAAGAGGUUGAGAUGCAUGUCUCCUUGUUGGUUCUAUGCUAGUUGCCAACAAGAGAAUGCACAGGUAUUUAACUGUUCCUCUUGAGUGUUUGGAAACUAGAAUGUCAAGUUUUUCUGCGCGAGAAGGUUGUGUGGUGGGAAUAUAUCCUCUCCCCUUUGUAUACCCUGGUCAAAAAAGAAGGGAGCAAAAAAAUUUAAAGUGAGUUAUGUCAAGGAAAAUGAUUAGGUGAUGUCGUUUCCUUGUAAUGCAAUUAUACCUUUGUUUAUCUCACACUCAAGUUUAUCUUUACCAAAAUUCAACAAAACAUGAAAGCAUCAUCUUAAGUAUUUUCUACAUCUGCUAACACCACCACAAUCACUCCUUCCCUUUAUUCAAAAACAACCAACUAGACUAAUUUACAUAUCUUCCCAUCUCAAUUUUUCAUGUUAUAGGAGCGGAAUAUACUGUGUAUGUUUAGUUCCGACCACCAACUAACCAUGCACGAACCACAUAGAUCCAAACCUCGUCGUGGCCAUACAAACCUUGCUUCGUGCAUAGUCGCCUUUUUCUUCCUCCUCUUCAUCGCCGCCACUAUCACCACCAUCUACUUACUAAUCUUCAAACCCAAACACCCUCAUAUCGCUGUCACCUCCGUCAAAUUCCCCACCUUCGCACUCUCCAACAAUACUGUCAACUUCACCUUCUUCCAGUACGUCACCAUCACUAAUCCUAACCGUGAUACUUUCACGCACUAUGACAGCUCGUUACAGCUGGAUUACUCUGGUAGUCCCGUCGGCUUCGUGUUCAUACCUGCAGGAAGCAUCAAUGCCGGAAUGAAACAGCAAAUGUCAGCUAAAUUUUCGGUGGAGGAGUUUCCAGUGGCAGCUACCGCAGGGAGUAGAACCACGACGACAGCGAUGGAAAUAGAGACGAGGAUGAAGUUAGUAGGGAGAGUUAGAGUAUUGAAAGUGUUGACACAUAAAGUAGAAAGUGGAGUGAAAUGUAGAGUUGCUGUGAAAGUUAGUGAUGGUUCUGUUUUAGGCUUUCACUGCUAGCACACUACUGUAGUGUCUGGUUUUUAAUUUAUUUUUGGUGAAAGAUUAAAUUUUUACCCACAAUAUUAUUUUCUUAUCUUUAUAA